AUGGGUGCUAAAAAUGUAGAAAUGGACGAGGACGACAUGAAUAUGGUUUCAAAUAAACCAAAUUCCACAGCAGUGGAAAACGGCAAUCUUACACUAUCGACACCUUUGAAUUCAAGCAAUAAUGAAAGCAACUCAAAUGUCUCUUUCCAUUGCAGUGAGACAGUUUGUCAACCAACAAUCUCUCAUCAAUUGAUGACACAUUCAGAUUCCAGUAAUGAUGAUGUUGCUACCAAUGAUCGUGGAACUGAUAGUGCAGUCUUUUUACACUGUGUUGAUAGUAUUCUGGAACAACUAACUGGCGACGAUAUCAUUGACCGACUGAAACGUCGAAUUCAAAGUGGAGCGUUGAGAGCAUAUAUGAAAAUGCCAGAAAAAGAUGACAUAGAUUGUCAAGAAAAGCCAGAGUUGUUUCACGAUUACUACGGCAUCAAGAUAAAUAAAGAUUAUUUUGGGAUUGAUGUUAAACACCCGAAUGAUAUCCUAUUGACAAAAGUCUUCCAGCGUGCUGAAUGUCAUACAUCUGAGCGAGUUCAAAAAGUUAAAGCGGGCGAACCAAAGAUAUUAUUUGAGGAUGGAAUUUAUAAGCCCAAGAUGGGUGUUUUUGAAAUGCUGGAAGCGAACGAGACUAAAAUGACCAGCCAGCCAUUCAACAAACAGCAAUGUCGCGAGUAUACAGCUUCAUUACACAGAUCCAUACUAUCGAACUUUGGUGAAAUACAAGACAGGGCUUGGUACGGUAUGCGACUCCAGACACAGGAAUGA